AGUUCGUCAGUUCGGUUUCGUUGGCCCGGCCUGCUGUCGGGAAUUUCGAGAGGGAUCGAUCUGUAUGUUGGACCGUGGUUUGCAUAGGCUGCGUUCCGUCUGCUCGUUAGAAUCGAGUUGGCGAACUAUAUAACAAACCAAACCGGGUCGGCUCGAGAUGGGCUUAACUUAACUCGGUUUGAACCGGGUUGACACAUCUCUAUCAGCAAGUCAGCAUCAUUUUUUGCGCGUCCUUAGAACUGAGAACAUCAAAAAUGUAUCCUGAGGUGGCGAUGGACCAGGAGGUUGAUGUUCAAUUAUUUAUUACAUGCCGGUUGUGCUUAGAUGAACCUGGAUCAUAUCAAAUUGUCCCUUGCAUUAAGGGGCAAAUAUCCUACUGCUUUGGAAUAGAGGUUAACCCAUUUGAUGGAUUACCUCAGUUGAUUUGCAAAAAGUGCAAGGCUAUAUUGGCUUAUUAUCAUGCUACAAAGAAUUUGUUUGUGGAGAAGCAAAAGCAGCUACAUGACAAGUUGCCUCAAAAUGACAAAGAUGCACAGUCGUCGACAGCUCCAAAAACUAAAAGUUUUCCCAAAGUAUCGUUGGCUACAGCAGAAGUGGCCCCUGCUGACGCGCCGGAGAAACCAGCGGCUGCAGUUCCAGAUGUCGCCGCUAAAGUGGCUCGCCAUGACAGUCGAAAUAAAAAUAAAUCUUCAUGGAAGAAAGCAUUUAACAAACAUUUUGUUUGUACAAUUUGCAGUAAAAGUUUUUUAACGGAAAAGUCCAUUAAAAAACAUUCCCCAACGCACAAAAGAUUCAUUAAUAAACAUGAAAAAGUAUUUAAGAAGUAUUUGACUGUGGACUUGAAUAAAAUAGAUAAAAAGAUAAAUAACACUGGUGGUUUACAAAAUCUAGUUAUCAAUAAAAAUAAGAUAAUUGAACGGGGCAAUAGUCAGUAUCACUACUCAUUUUAUUUGACGAAGAACUUUAAGGUAGGGAGGACAGACACAGUAGACAGACUUAAGAAUGGAACUGAUGAAAAUGAGAAUGUGGCAGCUAAGAGGCUCCGGGUGUAUUCUGACUCUAAUGAAGACCAAAUUUUUAAAGAGAUAGCGGUGUGGAGGCGGUGUUAGCUACUGUCCCCGAUGUCAGAAGUGACGAUCAGGCAUCACUUCAACCUGCCCAAACUGAGGAAGAUCCAUCGGUUGCUGGCGCUCCCAGUGAAUCAAACGACUCAAAUUAUAGAAAUAAAUUGUUAAAUAAAACUCCCGUUGCCAACCCGCGGCAACUGCCUAAAAAAAACAAUAUGUCCGAAACUAAACUCGUUGUUGCAACUGAUGAUGCAACCAUGAUGCCAUCAAACUUAAUUA